GCAUUUGCGGGGUUUGUUUGAGCAGCAGAAAAAGACGGAGAGAAACCACAGAGAGAAGCAGAGCUGCACUUUCUUCCUACACACACUCACUCUCUCACAUUCACUUCUCUCACACUCACUCUCUCACACUCACUCUCUCACACUCACACACAGAGGAUUUAUGAUGAAGCUGAAGAUGAAGCCUCACAUUUCUGCAAGAACAUAAAAAUCUGUUUGUUUACAACCUGAAGAGCCUGAAAAACAUCCUCUGCACGGAGACGCUCGCGUCUGCGUUUGUUUCGUCCUCUGCAGGAUGCACAUGAAUAACGUUUUAAAUCAGUGGAUGGACAUCUCCAGGAUGUGCGAUGUGGACGUGUCCUCAGAACCCACCAGUCCCACGCUGUACGGCGAGUCUUCGGACAAGUACUUCCACGUGGACCGAUGGCAGAAGCUCCGCACCGCCGUCCGCAAACUGGAAUUCUGGGAGAACUUCACUGCCGAGCUCAUCGGAAGUGGCUUCUUCUCCAAAGUCUAUAAGGUGACAAACUGCACCAGUCGUAAAGUGAUGGUGGUGAAAAUCUACAAAAACGACGUGGACCAGGACAGCAUCGUACGAGAGAUCAGUCUGCUGCAGAAACUGUCGCAUCCGAACAUCGUCAGAUAUCUGGGAAUCUGUGUCAAAGAAGACAAACUCUAUCCGAUCUUAGAGUACGUGAACGGAGGUUGUCUGGAGGAACUUCUGGCCAGGAAAGAUGUUCCUCUGAGCUGGAGAGAGAAGGUGGACCUGGCCUGUGACAUCAGCAGAGGAAUGAUCUACCUGCACUACAAGAACAUUUACCACAGAGACCUCAACUCCAAGAACUGUCUGAUCCGGAUCACGUCUCGGGGUCGCGAGGCUCUGGUCACAGACUUUGGUUUGGCCAGAGAAGUGGUGGAGCUGCCGGUGAAAGAUCCCGGCAGGAAGCUCUCGCUGGUGGGAUCAGCGUUCUGGAUGGCCCCUGAGAUGCUGCGAGGAGAACCCUACGACCGCAAGGUCGACGUUUUCUCCUUUGGCAUCGUGUUGUGUGAAAUCCUGGCCCGGAUUCCUGCUGAUCCGGAGAUUCUUCCCAGAACACAGGAUUAUGGUCUGGAUGUGAAGACCUUCACACAGUUGGUCAGUGAUUGUCCUCAGUGUCUCCUGGACUUGGCAGAGAGGUGCUGUUUGUUGGACUCUUUUAGACGACCAGCAUUCAUGGAGCUGCUGGACGAGCUGGGAGAAGUCGCCGAGACUCUGGAGCCUCCACUGCCAAAAAGUGAUCUGACCACGAGCUGAGCAGCAGCAGCAGCAGCAGCAGCAGGAGGCAACUCCACCCAUAUUCAGAACCUGAGAGUCCGGCAUUAACAGUCACUCUGUUUUCCAGAUCAGGAACCUGGGCUGAACCUGAACCUGAACUCCAGACAAACACCCACUCAGGUGUGGAGUUCUGCUUGACAUCACUCUCCUCCACUGCACCACAGCAUGUCCAUUUGUUUUCACUGAGCUGGUGAAACAUUUUCACAACAGUGUUAGACAGUGUUUUUAGUGGGAACGUCGCAGUGACGUCAUGCUUUACAUGUGCAGUCAACACGCUACGGUGGCCUGUGAGGAACCUGUGAGGAACCUGUGAGACACUUUUACAAAGCAGCUGCAGAUGGAUUUAUGUUCAGAGCAAAGAAAAACUAUAUUUCACAAAACAAGUUUACAUGAUGAAACAUGUUUUACAUACAAAUGAGUUUUGGAAACCUAUUUUUUUCCUAAGAUUUUCUGAGAAGAAAUACCUCAGAGAUUGAAGAUUGAUUAAAAUCAACAUUCUAAGAUUGAAGUAAAAAAAAUCAGUAUUUUUUCCCCCAGAAUCAGAGAUUUAAAAUACAAUAAUUUAAAAAAUGAUACUCAGAUAUUGAUUUCUUACUGAAUUCUCAUUUUAAGUCAAAACUCUCAGAACUUUCAAUCCAAGCAGAUUCUCACUCUAAUCUUAAAAUUCUCAGGGAAACUUAAACUUAAUCACAUGACCCCUAAUCCUCUUCCAUAUUUAGUAAAGUGGUUUCUAAAAAGUCAAAAUUCUAAGAAGUUUUCUAAAAUCUAAAUUUGUGAUUUUAGAGAGUUUUGUGAAAUGUAACCUUGUCUCGACUGCUUUGUGAAAGUGUUUGUCACUCGCAGGCCACCGUAGUUUGCCUUGUAGGAGUGAAUAUUCAGUAUUUUUGUUUUGUGACCAACGACACAGACACACACGUCUGUUGAUGUUUCUUCUUCUUCUUUAAAUUCCACAGUUUGACUCACUGAGACUGUGCCGCCCUCUGCUGGGCCUUUAACAAACAACACCCUGGUCAUGACUUUAGAAACUUUAAAUCUUUGUUUUCUGCUUUAAAUUCAUGUUCCUGCUCAUGUUUAAUUCUCUUUAAAGAGAUUUAUAAUUUUGUUUUGGUUCAUUUGCAUUUGAAUAAUUAUUUUCCCUUUAAAUAUUUCAAAAUAUCUCAACCAUCAUCUUUGAUUAUAUUUUAGUUGUAAAUGUUGUGGUUUGAUGUUCAGUGUCUCUGUAAAUAUUAAUUCUGUUCAAGUUGAUUUUUUCUAUAUUUAGUUUGAUUUUUUUCUAUAUUUAGUUUGAUUUUUUUCUAUGUUUAGUUUGAUUAUUUUUAUGUUUGUUUGUUUUUCCUCACAAAUCUCUGGUUUGUUUGUUGUGAUUGUGAUGCAGCUACGACACAAACACAACGUUCAGUUGUUGUGUUGUUGUGUUUUUGUAACCUCAGUUUCCUCUUCCUCAUGUUUCUACAGGAGCUCACAAAGGACAAAACAAACACUUUUUCUGUAACCUGGGGAACAAUGUUUCACUUGCUACGAAAUCCUUUUAAAUUAAUUUGGGUUUAAAAUCAAUAGUUGUCAGUGACGGUUAAACAUGAAGGUUGUGAAUAUAAAUGGAACGCACCAUAACUGACAACGUCAGAGAUACAGGUUUCAUUUUUUUUGUUUGUUUUUGUUCACAAACAGUUAGAAAAAGUACAAGAGAGUAAAGGAAAAGUGAAAUAAUCAAAACAAGCUUUUACUCAUGAAAUAAUAUUGAAUUGCUGAAUUGGACAAACUCACUAUGGAGAUGAGUUUCUGAAAAACAAAAAGAAAUCAUACAAAACUUUUUUCCCGUUUAAACUGUAAUUUUAUUUUCUACAUUUCAUGAAAAAACCUAAUGUAACCAUUUUAAAUUCUUUAGUCUAUGUAAAUAAACAUGGAAAAAUCAA